CUUAGUGCAAAUUAACUUAUUAACAAAUGACGACUAAUUAAUGUUUCUUGUUGCAUUUAUGCAGGCCACAAUGCCUUCAAGUGAAAAGCAUCCAUCAACAGUGCCAAUGUGGAAAGGUGUCAAAUUUGCUUAUGCCCUAAUCUCCAUGUGCCUUUUCCCCCUCGCCAUUGGAGGAUAUUGGGCCUAUGGUCAACUGAUCCCACGGGGCGGGAUGCUGACAGCGUUGUUCGCCUUCCACGGUCAGGACACGUCGCGCUUCAUCCUAGGGUUGACCAGCUUCUUCGUGAUUGUCAACGCAGUGAGCUCGUUCCAGCUCUACGGGAUGCCAAUGUUCGACCAGAUGGAGUCGUCCGUGGUGACCAAGCUGAAGAGGCCAUGCCCCGUCUGGGUCAGGGCGUCGUUGAGGGUGGCAUUCGCGUUCUCGUGCUUCUUCACGGCCGUGGCCCUACCGUUUUUGGGGAGCGUGGCGGGCCUCAUGGGAGGGAUCGCGCUGCCUAUCACACUGGCAUACCCGUGCUUCAUGUGGCUCAAGGUCAGGAAGCCGACCAGGUACAGCAAGUCGUGGCUCGUGAACUGGGUGCUGGGAGUUUUCGGGCUGGCCCUGAGUGGUGCGUUGAUUGUUGCGGGGGUUUAUGUUGUGAUUGACAAUGGAAUUAAGUUCAGCUUCUUCAAGCCUACUUAG